AUGUCCGCGGACGAGGACGAGGCGCUGCGCCUGGCGCGCGCGCUGCCCGUGAGAGAUCGCGUCGCGCACGCGCACUGGAAGGCUCGAGUCGAAUGUUACGACGCGAUUGCGCAGCGAUGCGCGCGCGCGAGAGCGAUGGAGGACGACGCGGACGUCGUCGCGUUCGGUGCGUGCGCGAUGCGACCGUGCGCCGAUGGGAACGCGGCGGCGCUCGACGCGGGCUUAGAUGCCGUGCGAGCGAUGCUGACGAUCGCGGACGUGAGCUACGCGGAGAAGGUGGCCGAGGACAUGCUGGGGAAUUUGACGACGAAGGGUCUGGGCGGACGACCGAAGGCGGCGGAGCGAGCGACGGAGUGUUGCAUGCUGUUGAUUGAGUUGGAACAGUGCGAUGCGGUGUUGGACGCGUUAUUAAAGGCGAGCUUGAAUAGGAUACCGAAACUCGCGCUCGCGGCGACGAACGCGGUGUUGAUGGCGGUGACGUCGUUUGGCACGCCAAAGGUGGUGCCGGCGAGCGCGAUUUUGAAGGGGCUGACGCCGUUGUUCGACGCCAAGGAUGCCAAGGUUCGCUCGACGGCGAAAGAUAUCACGGUGGAGAUGACGAAAUGGUUAGGAGCGCAAGCGGUGAAGCGCGAUUUGAUAGAUAAGAUGCGGGAGGCUAUGCAAGCAGACGUGAACAAAGCCAUCUCGAGCGUCGAGGCGAACGCUCGACCGACGCGAUUUUUGCGCAAAGAUCAAGCGGCGCAAGAUUCCGCGAUGGCUUCCACAUCCGGCGACGAUGGGAGCGCUGUCGUGGUACAAAAGCCCUCACAGGACACAGAGACGACGACGACGACGGCGCCGGUUGCUGCACCUGACGCGUACGAUUAUUCCGAACCGGAGAGCAUUCUUCCGCUUCUCGAGAAACCGGCCGAAGGGGAAAAUCCAAAGUUUUGGGACGGCAUAGUCAGUAAGAAGUGGCAGGAACGUCUCUAUGCGCUUCAAACGCUCACGAAACUCGCGAGCGCGCCGAAGUUGUCGUCGGGCGAUUACGGAGACGUAUCCAAAGCUUUGAAGCAAGUCAUCACAAAAGAUAGCAACGUGGCGUGCAUCGCCGAGGCCGCGAGAGCCGCUGCAGCGCUGGCAAAGGGCGCACGAAAAGAAUGGACCCGAGACGCUCGUAUACUUUUACCCGGUAUGCUCGAUAAGUUGAAAGACAAGACUGCAGCCGUCAUCGCGGCCAUUCAGGAUGCACUGAGUGAGUCUGUCAAGUAUUGUUUUGAGCUCGCAGAGAUUGUCGACGAAGUGUGCGCGGCGCUGGCGCACAAAGUUCCCAAAGUUCAGAUCGAAACGCUCAAGUGGCUGGAGAGAACGUUCGAGUAUAUGACUCGCUCUUCAUUGAGUAGUUUGCACAAGGUUAUUGUCCCUCCCAUUGUGAAAUGCACGAGUGCGUCGAACGCGGAUGCGAGAAACGGCGCGCUGCAGACGCUCGCAACUUGCGCGAAAGCGAGUGGUGGUAUGAAGUCGAUCGAGUUCUUAUUGAUGGAUAUCGAUGCUGGAAAAAAGUCUAAAAUCGAAGAAUUGAUGUCGGGUGCGCCGAAAGCUGGUGUAUUGGCGCCGAAUCCACCGUCUGUGCAACAAUCGAGUAUGAUUGGAAAAGUAGCGCCGCCGGCGAGCGGCAGCGUCGAGCGCGCGAUGAGCGUGAAGCCAUCAGAUAUGACGGGCACAGCGAAGAGACAAACCAUCGCUGUCAAAGCUUCCACUGAGGAAGUUAUCGUUGAAUUAGCGCCAACAAUAUCGAAAGAUGAUGCCGAAGCGCGCAUUGUCGCGCUUUUGAGUGAGGAAGUCAUACACAACUUGAAGAGCGCGGAUUGGAAAGCUCGACUUGCGGGAAUGUCGUCUGUCGUCGAAAUAGUGACAACACUGAAAGACACGUCUGGUGACGCGUGUGAUGCGCUCGUGAUUGGUCUUGCAUCGUUCCCUGGAUGGAGCGAUAGCAACUUCCAAGUCAUGGAUAAAAUGUUUGAGACUCUAAAAAUUUUGAGCGCUCAGCCUUGCUUCGAGUACAGGCACGUUGCGGCCGCGCUUGACGUUCUCGGCGAAAAACUUAGCUGUUUUAAGCUCGGUACUCGAGCGAGUGACAGUUUGCUGGCGUUUUCAGAGGCUUUAGGACCGCGGAUCAUCAUGUCACGUCUUCGAGAGAAGACUGGAAAUUCCAAGGCUCCAAAAGUCGUUGUCGGCGCUUUGAACUGGGCAAGUUCGACUGUGGAAGAGUUCGGCGUGGAGUGUUUAGACACGGAUAUGAUGGUAGCCUGGGGUCGAGAUGCGCUAGAAACGCCAAAUCCCAUGAUAAAAGGCGGUGGGGCGAAGCUGCUUGGCGCCUUACACGCGGGCAUCGGUCCGAGCGUUAAGGACUCGCUUGCCGGCUUGAAAGACGCACAGUUGCGUAGUUUAGAAGUGGAGUUUGCGCGUAAUCCGUUCGAAGGUGAGAUAAAGGCAAAGAGGCAAGUCAGAAUGCCGUCAUCUGUACCAUGUGCGUCGCGUGCCGCUUCGAUACCUACUCCGCGAGCCGACAUAAGCGCGAAAAUCAACGACAGCUUUCUGAGCAACAUGAAUGAUUCCAACUGGAAGACCCGCGCGGCGGCUUUGGAAGAACUUGGAAACAUUUUGAGAGGCGCAAAUAAUCGCAUUACACCGACCGGAGGCGAUUUGUUCAAGGCGCUCAACGCGCGGUUUGCAGAUUCCAAUAGAAUGCUCGCCGUCACGGCGCUCAACAUCGCCGGCGAGCUCGCUCUCGCUAUCGGAUCGCCCAUCGAUAAAGUUGGUCGAGGAACUUUAUGUGACAUCGUCAAGUACUUUGGUGACAGCAAGAAAAACGUGCGCGAGGCAGCGUUGAAAGCGUGCACGUGUUGGGUAACUUCGGCGGGGCUUGCAAAAGUUUUACCAACGAUGGCGGAAAAGUUUCAAGAGUACUCUGCGAAAAUCACAGCCGAGGGUAAAAAAGAAGCGAUAGAGUGGUGCAUGGAAACGUAUGGCCGAGACCAAUGCGCUGACGAUGUGAUUCACUGCAGUGCUGUGCACUUUGCCGCUGUUGGAUUGAAUGACAAGGCGACGGAAUCAAGAAAGGCGAGCGCGGCGUUGAUGGAAGCCAUCUCGUCAAAAGUCGACGCCGACAAAGUGCUCACCAUGGCGAAAUCGCUCGGUAAGGAAUUGAAAAUCGCGCUCGAAGCGCACUUAAAUCGUUCCAAACCGGCGACGAAUAUGAAAAGUGCAGCCAUGGCGGUCAUGGCGACGAAUGCGUUGAAAGGGUCAGCGGCUGCCAGGAAUGCGGCGCGUAAAGCCGCCGCGCUGGGUGGCGGCGUCGCAAAGUCAACCGAUGCCCCCGUCAUGGUACAAAGUGGUCCUGUUUUCCUCAUCGACGCCGACAAAGCAGUUCGUAUUCGCAAGUAUCCGCGCAAGGCGAUGAAGUUUGAGACUUUACGUGACGAGGAUCUGAUGUUAUUGUCUGAGGACGUGAAAUCUGCGAGUCGAGCGUACUUUCGAGCCGACGUGCAUAAAAUGAUGUUCACGAACGAUGUCAAAGCGCGACUCGCGGCGCUCGACUCUAUCGAUGAGGCAAUCAAGUCCGAUGAAGCUGAAUUGGUCAACAGCUUUGACUUAUUACUUCGUUGGCUCAUGCUACUCAUCAGCGAGGCGAGUCCAAACACGCAAGUAAUGAAUCGAGUCCUCGACGUGGUUUUAGAUUCACUUCACGCCGCGAGCGAUUUGGAUUACAAGAUCGUCGAACAGGAAGCUGCCAUAUUACUUCCAGUGAUCGUAGAGAAGUCUGGUCACAGUAUUGAGAGCGUUCGUGAAAAGUUUCGAUCGAUUUAUCGCGCCGUUCCGACUGUGUACUUGGCGUCAAAAUUUGUCGGCUACCUCACCACGGGUGUCGUGGAAACGAAGAGCUCGCGGACGCGCGCCGAAUGCCUCGAAGAAAUAGGCCGACUCAUUGAGCGUCAUGGUUUAUUGGUGUGUCUCAGAGAGGAUAAGACAUUACAGGAAGUUGCCAAGUUAGUCGAGACUCGUGAUAUGAGUCUGAGAAACUGCGCUUUGAAUUGCCUCGCUUCGGCGUACAAAGUCGCCGGCGACGGCGUCUGGAAACGCGUCGGCAAAGUCUCUAACGAGCAAGUUAAGGACGUCAUAAGCGACAAGUUUGCUAGAGUUGCUCGGGAAAUGAGUCUCAGUAACGAAGGUACUCCCGGAGAUUGGCUCAAGUUUGAUCCAAUUCCAAUCGCGAGCGCGUUGGAUGGCGCGUCGUUGAGUAAAAGCGUCGAUGCGUCCACUUUUGCCACGGCAAAACUCGCCGACAUGAUGUCUUCUGCGUCGAUUCGCGAGAACUAUUCUACAUUUCAGGAAGGAAAAAGUUUGCCCGUCGUCUCUAUCACAAAAGAUCUCAACGAGUCGACUUGGUCUAAAGCGUUGAAGAGAGUGAAUGACGUCGACGAAAGCGUCGCCGUUGAAGCAAUGAAGAGUGUGUGCCACGAGAUCGUGAGGGCAAAAGAGGACGUCGUCGCGCACGCAGCCAUGGUCGGUGACAUUGACGGAUUGGUGCAUUCCUUGGCUAAGCGCAUAGAGCAUGUGUUCGUUACUGCCAUCGCAUCGCCGGCGAAGGGUACGCGUGCGUGCAGAUACAUUCUGAAUGCAUUGAUGCAAGUCCAUCAAGAUAGAGCCUUCGCGACGGCGAUCACUGAACCCACGCAGCGUGCGUUCAUCAAGCAAUUAUUGCUCAUUCUUCUCGACGAACGCGUUUUGACGCUCGAAGACGGAGAAUCCUUGAUCAAGGCUGCAAAUAUGUUGAUGAUUGCGAUGAUGGAGAACUGCACGCGGUCGUAUUCCUUCGUAGCGUUCUUGACGUUGCUGCACGAUCGCCCGCUCAACGUCCCGGCGCAUUUCGACGGGUUACUCGUAAAGUGUCUCAUCAAACUCACUCGGUCGAUGCAACUAUCGUUCGACAACGUACAUAUCCCGACAGUACUUGGAGGCAUUCAUACAUAUCUGGUAGCGAUCGGUAUCGAUGAAAUCAACGCGCGCGCCAAGGUAGAGGACCAAGGUUUGCGCGCGGUGAAGACGUUGCUGCACACGAUCACCACGCGCGUCGGAGAAGAUGUCUUCAAAUACUGCACCAGCGUUCCGCCUCGCUCCGCUGUGCCGUCGCCGAUGAUUUACUCCUUCAUCGACGUCAACUUGAUGGCGCCCAAGUCGAACGCCACGCCGUCCGCGAAGUCAUCUAGCAAGUUGCAAACGAGCCCUGGGGUGAAUGCAAAGAGUCGGUUGGUGGCCAUCUUUAAAAAGAUUGGUGAAAAGCAAACCACGAGUCAAGGCUUGGAAGAGCUGUAUUUGUUCACUCAAGAACAUCCCGAGGAGGACUUAACGCCUCAGCUCGAGCGCACGAGUGAAGCGUUUCAGAUGUACAUCAAGCGUGGCUUACAAAAAGUCGAAGCAGCGCGUUUACGAAAGAGUCCGUCAAACCUCGCGGGGGCGGCGCCGAUUCCGUCUCCGGUGGCGGAGGCGAAAUCGAGCGCCGCAGCGUAUCGAGAACGUCUCGCGCAGAUCCAAGAUAACGUUGGUGCCGACGUCGCGGCGCCGACAAAAGUCGUCGACGUGGACGAAGCCAUGACAGAUCUCCAACGUUUGCGGCAAAGAAUGAAUUCAAUCAACGCCAAAGCCGCGGGGACGAUGUAA